ACUACCGCAUUUAGGGAAGAAAAGCGCUGACACACCGUCACACACACUCACACACACUCCAUUUGAUUUCCAGUUCGAGUCAGAGUUCCUCUCUAUAACUGAUCUGAUUAUAUUAUUAUUAUUAUUAUUUAUUACCCAGCUGUGUGAACAAUGCUGAGCUCGAGCUCGAAGUUUGAGGCUCCCACUGGAGGGUUCUGCUUCGAUAACGCACGCAGAAAUGCGGUGCUGGAGGGGGGGCUGUCGGAGAAGGGCUACAGCGCUCCAAAAGCCAGGAAGACUGGCACCACCAUCGGGGGCAUCUUAUUCAAGGACGGCGUGAUCCUGGGCGCUGACACGCGGGCGACAGACGACAUGGUGGUGGCCGAUAAGAACUGCAUGAAGAUCCACUACAUCGCGCCAAACAUCUACUGUUGUGGAGCAGGCGUGGCAGCGGAUGCUGACAUCACCACCCAGAUGAUGUCAUCCAACAUCGAGCUGCACUCUCUGAGCACGGGACGUCCUCCUCUCGUCUGCACGGUGACACGGCAGCUCAAGCAGUUGCUGUUCAGGUAUCAGGGACACAUCGGCUCAUCCCUCAUCGUCGGGGGAGUGGACGUUGACGGCUCCCACCUCUUCAGCAUCUACCCUCAUGGCUCCUACGAUAGACUGCCCUUUACCGCCAUGGGGUCCGGAGCCGCUGCAGCCAUCUCUGUGUUUGAGGACCGGUACAAACCCAACAUGGAGCUGGAGGAAGGGAAGAAGCUGGUGCGUGACGCCAUCGCCGCUGGGAUUUUCUGUGACCUGGGCUCGGGUAGCAACGUGGAUCUGUGUGUGAUCACGGAGAAGGGAGUGGAUUAUCUGCGGGGCUACGACCAGCCUGUAAAGAAGGGACAGAAGGAAGGCAAGUACGUCUACAAGCAGGGGACAACCCCAGUGCUGACCAAGACCGUCACGCCACUCACCCUGGACCUGGUGGAGGAAACUGUGCAGAUGAUGGACAGCCAGUGAAGCUCCAAAACAUCUCGCUUUUUGUUUUUUUGUAUUUUUGAAUAAGGAAUUAAGUCAUGUUCAUUAAAGUAAGAAAGGAAAAAGUG